GCGAAGUGCAUUCUGGGGCCGACGGAGAAGAGACGACGCUUGCUUCUCCUUCGUCUUCCUUCUCUCGCAGGGAUUCAGCGGAGCCCGCGCGGCACUCUCGCCUCCCUUCUCCCGCUGUCGCGAGACGCGCGUCACCGCCUCGCCCGGUCUUCUGCUUACCUCAGCCAGCAGCUCAAAGAAGGCGGAGGGCGACCCCGCUCGCGCUUCCUUCCUUCCCGCCUCUGCCGACGCUGCGCCCGCUAAGCAGCACCUGACGCCGCCGCCAUGCCGAAGAAUAAAGGUAAGGGAGGUAAAAACAGAAGACGAGGUAAGAAUGAGAAUGAAUCAGAAAAAAGAGAACUGGUGUUCAAAGAAGAUGGACAAGAGUAUGCCCAGGUUAUCAAAAUGUUGGGAAAUGGCAGACUGGAGGCAUUAUGUUUUGAUGGUGUAAAGAGGUUAUGUCACAUCAGAGGAAAGUUAAGAAAAAAGGUUUGGAUAAAUACAUCAGAUAUCAUACUGGUGGGUUUGAGAGAUUACCAGGAUAACAAGGCUGACGUCAUUCUAAAGUACAAUGCAGAUGAAGCCAGAAGUCUGAAGGCAUAUGGAGAACUUCCAGAGCAUGCCAAAAUUAAUGAAACCGAUACAUUUGGGCCUGGUGAUGAUGAUGAAAUCCAAUUUGAUGAUAUUGGAGAUGAUGAUGAAGAUAUUGAUGAUAUCUAAAUGGAACUGAGGAAUACAUUCCAACUCCACCUCAAUAAUUAUUUUGUUUUCAAGUCCAUACCUUAAAGAAGACUGAAACUGCAUAACAUUUGUAGUUACACCAAACCAAUAUAUUGCCCAAUGUUGAAGUAUUUAUAUUUCUUUUAAAAACAGAUGAUGUUGGACUCUGAAAAGUUAAAUGAAAUAUUACAACUAUUUUUGCCUCUUUACCAAUUAGACCUUUACAUCUGUGUGUAGAUACACGUCCUUAAACUCCCUCAUUUGCUUCAUCUUUUUUCACCACUAAACUUCACACAAUCUGUUUUGAAAUAAUAAUAAAAAAUAUUGCCCUAUAAUUAUCAUGGAAUUUUGAUUGAAUGUGCAGGCUAGUGCCCAGUCUGCCAGUACAGUGUUUUUUCCUAAUACCCCUUGAAAUCAAAUUGUAACAUUUUGAAAAUAGAAAAGGCAGAGAUUGUCUAUAAAAUUCAUAAUGCCUAAAUCUGCUUUUUAAGUUUUAGCUGCAUGUUAUUUUUAUACUGGUUUUGAUAUUGAAUUUCCUCUUUCACAGAUAAAUUUGCCAUAGUGAGGGGAGAUAAUUUUUUAUUUUGAAAAUUAUGUAUGUUUGAAUAGCUGUUCCCUAUGUGGAAGUGGUAAUGCAGAAGUUAAAAUAGUAGCCACACCAAAUUUAAGUUGUUAAUUAAACUGAAUGGCUUGCAAUGUUAUAUUGUAACUUAACAUUUUAACAGGUGCUUUUGCCCUUACCUUAAAAGUUCAACAUUUAUUAUAUUAUACAUAUUUAGGUUAGAUCCUGAGUUCCCAAGAGCAGAACUCUAGUCACAGUAUGGCUUAUGCUGAUUCCUCCAUCUUUGACUCCUGGUGCCUCCUGAAAAGGUGUUCUGGAGAGUUGGAGAAACUUUUUAAACAUCAUAUGAGGUGGUGCUGAGGUCUGUUGGGGAGGGAUUCCCUCUGGAGUCCAGUCCCUUCGGAGAAUGGAUUUCAAUUGAUUUAGAACAUUUGUUCCCAAGAAUGGUCCAUGGACCCCAGGGGGUCUGCGUAAUCCACCGAGGAGAUCUCUGGCACCAUCCACGUAACAAAAACUACUAUAGAGAUAUCAGUAUUUUCAAAAGUACGGGGUCCACAGUUUGGCUUUUGAAAAAUGGGGUCUGCGGUACUUAGCUAAUUGGGAACUACUGAUUCAGAACAUUCUUACACUUCAAUAAUAAAGAGGAAAAAUGCUCAGUUGUAUCCAACACUGCACAAGCGGAUUUCUGUGUGUAAAGCAGAACUUUCCCUCCCCCCCCCUUUGCACCCCCGCUCGCAACUGCUAUGGAGAGUCUGCCUAUCUCUGGAGCAGAUUUUGAUGGUGCACUGUGGGGGGGUAUGCAACUGGGGAGAAAGUUCCAUUGUGCAUGCUGAAGUCUGUUGUGUGAAUGGAACUGCAGUGUUUGAUCAAACCCAUUAUGUUUAAAGAAGGUUUUCACUUUCAAUUCCAUCAAUUAUGAGGUACAACUGAAUAAAGGUUUUUGAAUUUGAGACUAUAAAUGAGAUGAAUGUUAAGUUCUGAAAAUUUCUAUCUGAAAUUAACCAGUUGAGAAACAAAUUGAAUGAGCAUUUUCAGUUUGAGUGGGAGUAGCACACCUAAAAAGUUCAAUAAAGACUAACAUAGUCCUAAUAAUAUUUAAAAGUGCUAGAUUGGUUUGUGUUUCCUUAGUGCUGUAUCUCUAUUUUAACCAAGGAUAAUUAAUUCCUGUUAACUAACUGAUUUGUCUGCAGCAGUUUUCAUAGAACACUCAAGUUCUUAAAUUUUGUUAUGCAGCUAAAGUUUCUUAACUGAGAAAAUAAGAACUUCAGAAGUGGAACUGCAUUCAGCCACACUUGUGUCUAACCACACAUAUACAAUAUUGUUGAAUUGGCCUCUGCUCAUUGAGUUUUGAAGUUGGUGGGGUGGAGGUUCUGCUCAAAGUUACUGAAGUUCAUAUAUUGCUUGCCUUGUGAGUAUUUGAUAUCAGAUGAAGUAAACGUUUUGGUGUUAGUGUGUAUUUUAUCCUUUGUAAACGAGGGAGGAAAGAGGUGGGGGGGUUUAAAAUUCACAAAACCUAUAUACCUGUGUGUACAGUGUGUUGCACACAUUGUAUAUUUUAUGUGUGGGAUAGAUUGGCUUCUUGGUCUUAGACUCAUUUAAGAACAGUUUAAGCAUACUUUUUAACAACAUUACAAUGUGCAUGCUUGGUUAGAAGCAUUUAAUGGACAUGAGAUCGUGGAAGUCUUGCCACUGACAAUGUUUCUGAUAAUGCUGGAAUAAGAAUAUAUGCUAGAUCAGGACUUGUCUCGUGCAGCAUCCUGCUUCCCACAGCAACCAAUCAGAUGCCUACUAGCAGGAUGUAAGAAAAGCAACCCUCUCCCUGCUGUUGCUUCUCUACAUCUACUUUCUCCACACAAUGCAUAAUGUUAUACACCUCUGUUGUGUGUUUGUUGCCUGCUUGCCCAUUUUCCAAACUAAAAAACCCCUUGUGCAAUCUUUCUUCAUAGUGCAGUUGAUCCAUCCCCAUGGAUGAUUUUGGCUGCCCUCCCCAUUUUUGUACCAUAUCAAGUUGUAAAAUAUUAUUGAGAUGCACUGACCAGAACUGUGCAAGGUAUUCCAAGUGUGGUUGCACCAUAGAUUUGUAUAAAUACAUUAUUUUUGAUCCCUUUCCUAAUGAUCCUUAACACACAAUUUACCAUUUUCACAGCUAUUUCACAUUGGGUUGACAUUUUCAUUGAACUAUCCACUAUGUCGCAAGAUUUCUUUCCUGGUCAGGCUAUGCCAGUUCAGACGCCAUUCAUGUAUGUGAAGUGAGGAGAUAUAUUUACAUAUCUUUGCCAUAGUAUGCAUAAUCUUACAGUUCUUUUCAUUGAACUACAUUUGCCAUUUUAGUGCCUAUUUCCCCAGUCUGAAGAGUUUCUUUUGGAGUCUCAAUAUCUGACUUGGUUUGCAGCGCUAAAUAUUUUGGUGUCUCGGUAAAUUUGGCUACCUUGCUGCUCACCCCUAACUCUAGAUCAGUAAUGCACAAGCUAAAAAGCACAGGUCCCAAUACAAAUUUCUUCAGGAAAUCCCCACUACUUAUGUUUCUCCAUUAUGAGACACAGGGAUCUGCUCUACAACUUGGCAGUGAAAACAGAUGCAAAGGAUUGGUUUAGGUUCCCUGCAAUCUCCUUCUCCUCUUUUAGCACACCUUGGACUCGUUUGUUGUGCGAAGGUCCAACUGUCUCCCUAGAAUGUCUCUUAAUGUAUUUAUAAACUGUUUUAUUGUUGGUCUUAAAGUUUCUACCAAUACAGUCCUCAUAAUCCUUUUAA